UCGGGAACACUCGAACGAAAUAAAUACCGAAAAAAAUACAAAGCGCGGUUCUUGCAAACCCUCGUAGUUCAAUCAUCGCAGUAUCGGCGGCCUUCUGUCUGUUGUGGUGCCGCUACUUCGUUUCUCUGCUGAGACAAAUUGAAAUUUUAAAAUGGUGAGUGGGAAGCGACCUUAUGGUCAGAGGGACCAUAAUGGAGACCAUAAGGGCUACAAGAGACGGAUUACUGAACAAGAUGACUGGGUUAGUGAUGAACUGGUUGUUUACCGAAUACUUUGCCCUGAUGAGGUCAUUGGAAGUGUUAUUGGUAAGAGCGGGAAAGUAAUAAACUCAAUAAGACAAGAAACGAGGGCAAAGAUCAAGGUGGUGGAUCCAUUUCCUGGUGCUAAGGACCGUGUUAUAACAAUUUUCUGCUUUGUCAAGGAUAAGGAGGAUGUGGAAGUUGAUGACGAGUUCAAUGACAGGCAAACAUUAUGUGCCGCCCAAGAUGCUCUUCUUAAAGUUCAUGCUGCCAUUGCUAACGCACUGGCUUCUGCUGGAGAUUUAGACAGGAAACAGAGGGAGAAGGAACAAUGCCAAAUUCUUAUCCCUUCAAGCCAAUCUGCUAAUGUCAUUGGUAAAGCAGGAUCGACUAUAAAAAAGCUUAGAAGCAAGACAAGGACCAGUAUAAAAAUCACCCCCAAGGAUGCCACUGAUCCAAUUCAUUCGUGUGCCAUGGAAUUUGACAAUUUUGCCGUGAUAGCUGGAGAACCUGAGGGAGUAAGGCGAGCAUUGUUUGCAAUAUCUUCAAUUAUGUAUAAGUUCCCUCCCAGGGAAGAGAUUCCUCUUGAUACAAAUGUAAAUGAAGCCCCUUCUAAUAUAAUUAUCCCAUCCGAUGUCCCUCUGUAUUCAGCAGGAGGACUAUAUCCAAGUGCAGAUCCUAUUCUUCCUCCCAGAUCUAUUCCACCAAUGCUUGGUGCCCAACAUGUCCAGGAUCUUCAUGAUUACCCUGAUACUGGGAGUGCAUGGCCUCUUUAUUCAUCUACUCUUCCUGUGGUUCCUGGUAUUAGUGGUCAUCCUCCAUCAGAGGAGUUGGUGAUUAGAGUAUUAUGCCCCUUUGAUAACAUUGGUCGUGUCAUCGGUAAAGGUGGGGGUACCAUUAAAAGCAUAAGGCAAGCUACUGGUGCUCGCGUGGAAGUUGAUGACACCAAGCGUGAUUGUGAUGAAUGCAUUAUUACUAUCUCAUCAUUUGAGUCCUUGGAUGAUCUGAAAUCAAUGGCUGUUGAAACUGUGUUAUUGCUGCAAGAGAAGAUUAAUGAUGAUGAAGGUGGUACAGUGAUUAUUCGACUACUUAUUCCAUCUAAAGUUAUUGGCUGUAUUAUAGGAAAAAGUGGUUCAAUCAUCAAUGAAAUUCGGAAGUACACUAGAGCUGAUAUUCGUAUUUCAAAGGGUGACAAAAUUAAGUGUGCUACUGCCAGUGAUGAACUUGUUGAGGUAACUGGUAAAGUUGGCAGUGUGAGAGAUGCAUUGGUCCAGAUUGUGUUAAGGCUUCGAGAUGAUGCCUUGAAAGAGAGAGAUGUCAGUCAUAACCCUGCCGUUGUUACUGAUUCCAUGUACUCAUCAGGUUCUAGUUUUUCGAUGCCAUCUGUCUUGCCUUCUGUUUCUCCUGGUGCUCCACCAAUGGGCUAUGAUCAGAGGGUUGAAAGUGGAAGUGGAUUAGGUGUUCUCUCUUCAAGUAGCCUAUAUGGAUAUGGAUCACUGUCGAUUGGAGACAAUGGCUAUGGAUCCAUGAUGUCCUCAUAUCCAUCCAAGUUGUAUGGAGGGCUGCCUCCUCCAUCUUCUCUUGAGAUGUUGAUCCCAGCAAAUGCAGCUGGUAAAGUAAUUGGAAAAGGAGGGGCUAAUAUUGCCAACAUUAGGAAGAUAUCAGGUGCAUUGAUAGAGAUCUCAGACUCUAAGUCAUCUCGAGGUGAUCGCAUUGCUCUUAUAUCUGGUACAUCUGAACAGAAGCGCACGGCCAAAAACUUGAUUCAGGCGUUUAUAAUGGCUACAUGAGAAGAAAGAUGACUUCGUGUUUGGAGGUUACUAGAUGAAAUCUUCCUUUUCCAUUCAUCCUCUGUAGAUCUCUCUAGGUUCAGUUCUGGAGAAGGGUACUUCUUCUAGCCUUCAAAUUCUUCAGUUUUUUUCUCAUUAAAUGCGUACUGGGAUGAAAUGGGAUGAUCUACAGCAGGUUCAUAUCUAGGGUUCCUAGAGCUUUUGUUUCUUAAUCUAUUCUUCUGUGGAUUCUUAGAACUUUUAGGAUCUUUCCUUUCGUACUUGUAUGUCUGGCCUUAUCUUUUAUCAGUUGGGAGUUCAUCUCAUUUCCAAUGCUAUCGUACUCACAUUAUAUGAUGAUUAUGCCAGAUAAGUUCCAGGAUGGUCGUUAUUCUCAAUCUUAUAACUGUGUACAAUAUUUUUCUAUCCAUUCUAUCUCCUAUUCAGUUUCUUGGUGGACGAAGUUCUCAAUCAUUGAUCAUUUUUCUCAAUGCAGUUGGUAUUGCUCUUGUCUAUUAUAGAGCUUUAUAACUAUGACAACGCACCUCAAGAGAAGAGAUUGUUUCCAGAACUAAACUAAAGUUAUCAUCAAAGAAGUUUCUCUUUUAAUUCCUUGUUCUGUACUUCAUAUCAUAAUUCCUAAUUUGCUAGUAGGUUGGUGCUAAAUAGCAUCGUAAAUUCUGUGUUUUUUUUUCCUCUGUUUGAUAUUUUGCCUUCUCUGAUGCCCUUUAUUAAUAGCCAACGGUGAAAAUUUCCAAAAUAUAUGUUCUAUAGAGCUGGGCCUGAAAUUCAUUGGACAUGAAAGAUUAGCUUCAGAGUGUGAGAAGGUUCAUUCCCUGAAUACUGAUUCCCUAAUACUAUGCUCAUUCCAUUUUCUUGAGAGAAGAAUUUUGAGAGCAUUCUCUUUGGGAGGAGGGUGGGGGGUUUGUUGUUCCACUUCUGGUGGAAAGUUUUGUCCAAUGUUUUAGGUGAUUCAAUAGAAAAGUUUUUUGUCACGAGUUCUAUGUUUCUACAGUAUAUCCAUGGAAUUACCUGGUUUGUAUUACUCCUUGUGUAUCCUGAAAGCAAGGGCCUUUUUUGGCAUGGAAGAUUUUUUUGAAGAAAACUAUUUCUAAAGUGGUUUUCAUAAUGUUCUCAAAAUUGUAUUUUGGAAGGAUCUCUUCUUUGUUUCUAUCAACUUUUAUAACUCAAGAACACGAUAAAACUUUUUAUACAUUUUCACUGUUUUUAUUACUAACAUAAAUGUGUUCCAAACAGAAAAGCAACCUAUUAACGAUUUCUUACACACGUACAAGCUCAUGCAUGCCUGAUUUUUACCUUUCAAAAACACACCUUUUAUCAUCUACCAGUUCUAAUUGCUAGAUGAGGUUAUAGCUAGCUAUGGAAGUUUUUAGAGUUCUUUCAAAGGGGAAAAAAAAAAUCAGCAAGAGGUUGGAAUGAUGGUACUUUUCUGUCCUUAUUUUCAACUCCUUUUGUAAUCACUCUUCUACUGUAGUUCUCAAGUGGAGUUUUCUUAUGUCACUCAGUCCCUGUCUCCUGUUCUCUUCUGUCUAUUAUUCUAAUGACAUUGUUUCAUUUCCUAGUAUAUAAAAAAUUACUAAUUUAUAAAAGGAAUUAGUGAAGAAUGGGUGGUUAGGCUUACCUACUCCAUCAGUGUUUUUAAGAGAUUCAGUAAGGUGUUUCCAUGCCUUAGAUCUUCUUUUGUUGAUUCUGUAAUGUCUUCUGAGAAAUUUGCCCUGUGGGGAGGUGGUUUAGCAUUCAUAUCCAUAUCAUGCAAAGAAAUUAUAUGAAUACGUGUGAGUAAACCUAACCAGUUUAAGUUUGAAGUAUCUCCCUCGUUUAUCAUAAGUCAUGGCACAAUGGCUUCUGUUGAUCUGAUUCUAUCAAAUCAUCUCAUUAAUGAUUAACUAAUGCGUGUUGAACCAACGAUCUAUCAUGUAGUCAAUUCCAGUUUGGACUCUAGAGCUACAAAGUUGGCCCCUAUUUUGAUAUUAACUUCCAUUUUACUCUGAACUGCUCACGGUGAAUUGUGACAUUAUGGUGAUGGGAUUUUCCCACCCUCUUGUACGUCGUUCCCAGUGCAAGAUCUUCUGCUUUUGUACAUUCCUAAAGAUUGGUAAAUCACUACUAUGAUCCUCAGGAUGUUUUUCAGAAGCAGUUGAUGGCAUUGUUCUGGCAUGUAUUUUGAGACCCAUGUUAAAAUUAGGAUAUCUGCUAGUUUGCCCUAGUGAUUAAAACCCAUAGUUGCUUGUGCUAUACAGAUUCUUCUUUCUCCUCGGUAUCUUAGUUCUUCAUUCUAUUAUCUUCUUUGACCAGUCCUGCAUGAAUAGGAACUUCAGCAGUGGGAACUUGGCGACAGUACAUAAUUACAAUGAUCUUGUUUGCCGAUCUGCAUCCCUUUGAUAUUUAGUUACAACUUUCUUUUACUAGUCAACUGGUAGCCUUGCAAGUAUAGGAACCCUCUGUUAUGUCCAUCUUUUAUCUUACUACUGGAGGGAAUUACCUGUAGCAUCGCGACUUACAGUGGCCUGCGCUGGCUAGUUAAGAGUGCAACUGCUGCAAAGCUUUUUGGCUUUUCAACAACAAAUCAUUAGUUUUGUGUUUAUCAAACAGAAAAAAAGAACCCUUUAGUUAUGUGGCUACGCCCUGCUCUUUACUAUUAUUAUGUGGAUAGAACUAUGAUUCUUGUCUGGAGUAAUAUCAAGGUUAGCUUUACUCAUAUUGUGCCCUUUAAGAAGUAUGCAUAUGAAGGGAAUAGAAAGUUCUGUGGAGUGGGAUGACAUUGGAUGAAAGUUUGAUUGUUGUUAGGACGUAGAAUUAGAAAAACCGUCAUGGAUAACCUAUGAUAGUUGUACUUGGUUUUGAUCUCAUCUUCAUCAUUUGAAGUGUUUUUUUUUUGUUUUUUUAGUACAACUGUGGUUUGAGGAUUAAAUCUUCAACCUCUAGAAAGGAUGUUAAUUACUGUUGAGCUAACUUACAUUGGCUAUUAUUUAAAUUAUGAAGUUGAUGUAGUCAUUAUUUUGUUAAGAUUGAAAUUGCUCAGUUUUGUAUCUGAUUGAAGGAUAAAUAAAGAGGAAUAUCUGUUUUGUAUA